AUGACCAUGGUGGCAACAUGUCCUGGUUUACGCCAGCUUCACCUCCUUCUAGCUUUCCUGUGUUUAGGAAUAGCCGAAGCUUCUUAUUCGGUGGAUCUUAGAAGUGGUGAGAAAGACUGUUUUUUAAUACGAGUACCCGAUGAUCGGCCCUCUAUUAUCAGUGGAAAUUUUGAUCUUUUGGAAGAUGAACGUGAUAUUGAGUUGAACGCUUGGCUAGAAGAGUUUAGCAAGCACUCGUCAGUCUGGCGAUCACAAUCCGGAGCAAUUGAAGAUGACUUUUCCGUCACGGUGGCCCCCAAAGGGAUUUACGCCUUGUGCUUUAAUGCGAUUGAGGAAGAUGAAGAAUACGAAGGCGACAGCAUUUCUGUAGGCUUCAACAUUCGUCUGCAGGGACUUCCUCGAGCUCUAGAGCCGGAACAGGAAGGACCUGAUGCAAGGCGUGCUUUUGACUUAGUCGAAUCAGCAGGUAUGAUCCAGAAUGAUUGGCAAAAUUUGUUAGAUCAUUUCGACUUUUUGCGGAAAAGGGAGGCAGUGCACACGACCAUGACUGAACAGAUCCUCAGCCGUGUGAUGAGUUGGACCUUGAUCGAAGCUGCUUUGGUGAUUCUAAUGGCGACUGCUCAAGGUGAUCUAGCCAAGUCUUGUGACAAUGCUCGAGAAUUGCGGUUCCCCGAGAAGAACGUUUUCAUCUGGGUCAAACCUGAUAUUUCUCGUCUGUCGAAUAAGACGCCGGAUCGUGGCUGACGAAGCGUAUUCACGUUCGUAUUCUCUCUAAAUAGCCGUAUGGUUUCCUGCUGAAGAAACUGAUCCGAAGGGAAAAUAAUAUUUGAUAGCAUCGGGUUUCACGGAAUGCUUACAUUAACAGUU